CGUUUUAUAAUGAUGCUUGUAUAAAAUUUUAUUAAUAAUUCGAUUUAAAUAUUGAAAAAUAUCUACAAUAUAGUGUUAAUAAUUUUUUAGGUACAUCUCGACAGAACAAACAGCUGCGGUUGAAACAUGACGCCUACAAAUGGCGAGAGUCUGGAUGCUCCAGACAUUGUGGUGCUGGAUGGAGGAUUCUCCACGCAGCUGUCCUGCCAUGUGGGACAUGUUAUUGAUGGCGACCCGUUGUGGAGCGCUCGAUUUCUGCACACCAACCCCGACGAAGUGGUCAAUACGCACUUGGAUUUUCUAAGAGCUGGGGCGGACCUGAUAAUAACGAAUACGUACCAGGCGUCAAUAAAGGGCUUCAAGGAACAUCUGGGACUGAACGCGAAGGAGAGCUACGAACUGAUCGUGCGCGCCGUGAACCUCGCCAAGCGCGGCCGCACCCUCUACCUAGAAGAAUAUCAAGACUACUUGCAAAAUGGUAACACACCUCUUGUGGUUGGCUCAGUAGGGCCGUAUGGGGCUCAUUUGCACGACGGUUCCGAAUAUGAUGGCAGCUAUGCAGACACAACAAGUGUUCAGACAAUGCGCGAAUGGCACUUACCCCGUAUCCAGGCGCUGGUGGAGGCUGGUGUGGACCUGCUGGCCCUGGAAACCAUCCCUUGCCAGGAGGAAGCCGAGAUGCUCUGCGAUUUACUGCGCGAGUUCCCUGGCAUGAAGGCUUGGCUCUCUUUUAGUUGCAAGGAUAAUCAAAGCAUAGCACACGGCGAGAGUUUCCAGAAGGUCGCGAAAAAAUGUUGGGAAUCGAAUCCCGAUCAACUGGUAGCUGUCGGGGUUAACUGCUGCGCUCCUUCCUUCGUGUCAAACCUAAUGAAAGGGUUCAAUGACGACCGGCCGCAAUCCCCCAUACCACUUAUCGUCUACCCCAAUUCAGGAGAAAAAUACAACCCUCAAAUCGGUUGGAUCGACCGUGACAAGUGCGAGUCUGUGGAGGUGUUCAUCCAAGAAUGGCUGGAUCUGGGCGUUCGGUACGUGGGCGGAUGCUGCCGUACUUACGCGGCGGACGUCUCCCGCAUUUCCAACCAAGUGCACUGCUGGCGGGAUCGCUACCGAUUCAUGGCCAAGAAUUCAGCGAGCUAGGGCCAAUCAUGACGUCGACUACGUGGUAAAUUGUUCAUCAUGGUGAAGAUAGAAGGCAUAGCGUAACAUUUGUACUACUCAUGCUCACAUGAGCAUGCGCUCCCGUUUCACGCUAGAAUCUUAAUUUUAACACUCCCUUCAUAUAUU